AAAUACACCUGUUCAGGAGCUGCUCUGAUAUUCACGAGCAAUCACUUCUAGAAAGCAAAUUGAGUUCUUGACUUAUUUCUGUUUGUUUUGUGUGCAGUGAGCCAUGCUGUAUAUCGAGUUGAUCCGCCUGUGGGAUGAGGCCGUAAAGGCAAUAGACAUUCGGGACUGGCAGGGAGCUCUCAGUAAACUCAACCAGAUCACGGAUCAUAACUGUCGCACUAUGUUUGUGGUUGCGUCCACUCACAUCGCCCUGGGUCAAGUGGAUUUGGCCAUUAAGGCUCUCGACCGAGUAAUCGCCAAGGACUCAUGCCUUGCUGUGGGAUUUUUUCAGCGGUCUGCCGUUCAUAUGAUGGCAAACAGGCUUGAGGAGGCAUUGUCUGAUUGUAUUUGGGCUCAGAAAUACAUGAGGGAAAACCCUGUCAUUGACUACAAGCAGCUGGGUCUUCGCUAUAAACUCUACAGCUGGCAGGUGCUUUAUAAUGCAGCAGCCGUUCACUCUAGACUGCAACAAUGGGACAAAGCCAGGGACAUUUUGCUGGCGGCCUCACAGGAGAGAGGAGCAGGCCGGAGCAACCUGAUAGACACGGCCCUAGAGGCUAUUUCUAGGAAGGAUGUUUUGGAGCCUCUUCUGCUUCCUGAGGGUGAAGUGUUUCGUCCUAGGAAACUUGAGGUGGACCAGCUAAAACCGAGGGACUUCUUGGGUGAAGCAAAGGUGAUUCAAAUCUUCACGCUGUAUUGCAGUUUUAAUGCCUGUUCAAGUGCGGAAUUUGAAUACUGGAUAAAUAUAAAUGUUCAAAACCAAUUAUUACAGACAAUAUACGAUAAGAAAGGGAAUGCACCAAGUAAAGGGGUCUCAAUGUUUUGCCCUUCAGCUCUCUGCACUUUUGUCUUUUCCAAUUACCUAAAGAUAUAAGUUAUUAUAUAUUAUCUUCCUCUUUAUUUUGUUUUCUUUUUCGUCAAAUAAGUUUUUUUAUUUGGUCGUUGAAUAAACUUACAAUAUUCACAGAUUCCAGGAUUAGUUUUCUGAAAUAACGUACAUUUACAAAAA